AUGCGGGUUCUCACAGUUACCACGGGCACACAGUUACCACGGGCACAGAAGGGGCAUAAUGCAAUUUGGAUAAUUGUGGAUCGUUUGACUAAGUCGGCGCAUUUCUUGCCCGUUAAUAUGAAGUAUUCCUUGGAGAAACUUGCUACACUAUAUUUGUAUGAAAUUGUAAGGUUACAUGGAGUACCGGUGGGUAUAGUCUCUGAUAGAUAUCCUCGAUUUGUAUCUCAAUUCUGGCAAAAAUUGCAAGAAACUUUAGGGACCAAAUUAAGCUUCAGUACGACUUAUCAUCCCCAAAUAGAUGGGCAAUCGGAGAGGACCAUUCAAACCCUUGAAGAUAUGUUAAGGGCAUGUAUUGUGGACUUUGGUGGAAAUUGGAGUCAAUACUUGACUUUGGAUGAGUUUGCAUGGAUGGAGAAUGGGAAUGAAGGACCUGCUGCUAAUGGCCAUGUAGAACCUCUUAGAUCCAUUUACUAUAGCGCACGGGACGGAGGAGCUCGUGUACGCUAUUCACCCUGUACUGGGUUUCCCAGAUGUGUCUGUAGGAAGACAUAUGCUUACCCAAACCACCUUGUAUUUGCUCUUGACGAUGAGCGACGUCAGUUGGUGGACACCAACCGAGAUCUGCUCCAGGAGGUAGAGGAGCUGAGCAUUAUGGUGAAUGCUCAGAGUGUUAGGAUUGCUAAACUUAAGGAGACUUUGGCAGGCGAGGUGACUACGGUUGAGGUCACCCAUGAUGAGUUUCAGAGAGUUAGGGCUCGACUUACUAGGAUAGGUGAGGAGAUUCGUGAUCGGCCUUUCAGGAUCAUGGCCGAUGCUACUAUACUGAUAGACGAGGUGAUGGAAGUUGUACAGAGUCCAGUUCAGGAAGGCGCUGAGGAGGAUCCAGAGGAGAACCCUGAGGAGGAGGUUCCACCUGAUAGCCCCUGA